CUGGAAAAAAUGAUAGUGGAUCAUUUUCUUGUGCCACAAUGUUUUGCAAGCUAACAUCCUUGAGCGUACAUUUUUGACAUACAGAGCUUAUCACGUGAGAUCAUGAUGCCAACAACAAUGUUGAAGUUAGUUGAUGCAUUUUAUUUUGUUAAGUAGUCCUUUUCCACCAUCUUGUGGCAUCUUGGUGCCAAAGAACUCACUCAAAGAUGUGAGUUUAGGAGCAGUAUUUAGAAUAAUGUUGCCCUUUUCCCACCACCUUGUGGCAUCUUGCGCCAAGGAACUACGUUGAGGUGAGUUGAGAAGCUUUAAAUCACUAAAAGUAAUGCAUUGUUGCCACCUUCUGGAAUUGUGUUCUCAAAGUACUAUGUCUGCAUGCCUCAUUUGGACAAAACAAUAGCUUUGCCACCAUCUUGUAAGAUAGUGGUGCAACAUUAAUUGUUAUGCAUUUGGACAAAAUUAGAUUGUUGGCACUAUCUUUUGGGAAGUUGGUUCCACAGAACAAUUUGGACAAAAAAUUGUGUUUUGCUGCCGUCCUAUUCCAUAGAUGCAAGUUUGAAAAGAAUUGAGGAGGUUUAUUAAGGCAAAAUUAGAUUGUUGGCACUAUCGUUUGGGAAGUUGGUUCCACAGAACAAUUUGGACAAAAAUGUGUGUUUCUCCGCCAUCCUGUGCCAUUGAUGCAAGUUCGAAGUGACUAGAGGAGGUUUAUUUAGACCAAAUUCGGGUUUAUACAGGUAUUCCACCAUCUUGGUGCUAAGAAACGACUUAAAUGUGUUGAGGAUCUUCAUUUAGACAAAUGUGGUGCUGUGGUGAUCAUUGUGGCAUCGGUAGGUAUUUAUAAACCUUAUUUUACGAACGUCAAUUACGCGCGGAUAUCUGCUAUAGGGCUGGAUCCGUACACCCGUCAAUCAGAGGAUUGCACUUACAGUAAAAAGAAUUUAAAAAAAAAAAACGUGCACAGUAGGCUAUGUAUAAUAUUCCCUCCAGCGGUAUUGUUUUCACGGUGCUAAAGGGGAUUUUGGUGUAAUUCAAAGGUUGGUGCGUGCGCGUUUUGAGAAUGAAAAACAGAGGGAGUGGUUGCGCGAUGACAGCAGGGAAAGAGUUAAAGCGGAUCCUGUGUGGUGGAGGGAGCUGCGUGGCGUGGCGUGGCGUCGCUGGGGAGAAAGAGGCGCAACAGCGGCGUUGUUUCCCCCCCGACCUGCUCCAACUGUUGAAUGUCUCCCUUGGGAGGGUCGGCGACGGGGAAAGUUGCACAGUAGGAGGUAGGAUCGGGUCGCAGGACUACAGUGAGGCCAAGCCACACUCGGUUGGCAAACAAGUGGUUUGGGAGAUGCGAUGAGGGCGCGCUGAAGGAGCAGCCAGACAUCAUCUAGCGGCGCCGAUUUGACGAUGAUCAGCUCCGUGUGCGUUUCAUCUUACCGAGGGCGCAAGUCCGGCAACAAGCCUCCGUCCAAAUCAUGCCUGAAAGAGGAGCUGUCCAGAGGGGAGGACUCGGAUAAGAUCAUCAUCAACGUUGGUGGCAUCCGGCACGAGACCUACAAGAGCACCCUGCGCACCCUGCCGGGGACCCGCCUGGCAUGGCUGGCCCACCCGGAGCCGCAGGGGCAGGUGCAGGGCUCCGAAGAGUCGUGCAACUCGCCGCCGCCGAGCAGCAGCGCCGGCGGCGGCGAGUUGUUCUUCGACCGCCACCCUGGCAUCUUCGCCUACGUGCUCAACUACUACCGCACCGGCAAGCUUCACUGCCCCGCCGACGUGUGCGGGCCGCUCUUCGAGGAGGAACUGGCCUUCUGGGGCAUCGACGAGACGGACGUGGAGCCCUGCUGCUGGAUGAAUUACCGACAGCACCGCGACGCCGAGGAGGCCCUGGAGACCUUUGAGCCGCCCGAGCCGGACGACAACGCGGACGACGAUUAUGACGACGACGGCGUGACGCGGCGCUUCGGGAUCGAAGAGUGUCCGGGCAGGUCCAAGAGCUGCUGCCAAGUUUGGCAGCCCAGGAUCUGGGCCCUGUUUGACGACCCCUACUCGUCCAAAGCAGCCAGGGGAGUGGCCCUAGCAUCCCUCUUCUUCAUCCUGGUGUCCAUAACCACCUUCUGCCUGGAAACCCAUGAGGCCUUCAACGAGCUCCAGAACCGAACGGAGCUGGUGUUGGUGGGCAACGUGACGCGAGCCGAGGAGCGCUUGGAGAUGGUGACCAAGCCUGUCCUCACCCUGGUUGAGGGUGUAUGUGUGCUGUGGUUCACUUUCGAGUUCCUGGUUCGGAUUGCGUUCUGCCCGGACAAGGUGCUCUUUGUGAAGAACUCGCUGAACAUCAUUGACUUUGUUGCGAUCCUGCCCUUCUACUUGGAGAUGGGCCUGAGCAGCUUGUCAUCUAAGGCGGCCAACAACGUCCUGGGAUUCCUGCGGGUGGUCCGCUUCGUCCGUAUCCUGCGGAUCUUCAAGCUGACUCGACACUUUGUGGGUCUGCGCGUGCUCGGGCACACACUAAGGGCGAGCGUCAAUGAGUUCCUGCUGCUUAUUAUCUUCUUGGCUCUUGGAGUUCUUAUCUUCGCCACCAUGAUUUACUACGCUGAGCGGAUCGGAGCCAGUCCGCACGAUCCUACCGGUGCCCACCACACACACUUCAAGAAUAUCCCUAUCAGCUUCUGGUGGGCCGUGGUCACCAUGACCACACUUGGCUAUGGAGACAUGUACCCGCAAACGUGGCUGGGCAUGAUGGUGGGGGCCUUGUGCGCCCUGGCCGGUGUGCUGACCAUCGCUAUGCCCGUGCCAGUUAUCGUGAACAACUUUGGGAUGUACUACUCACUGGCCAUGGCCAAGCAGAAGCUGCCCAAGAAGAAGAAUAAGCACAACCCCAAUCCUGAGGCUCAGACUGACUCAGCGUCCUUUGGGAAGUCGGACAGCAAUUCAUGCAGGGAAAGCACCCAAAGUGACACGGUUCCGCUGGCGGCUGACGACAAUCGAACAGACUCCAAACAGAAUGGCGACGCAAAUGUGGCCCUUUCCGAGGAGGAAGGCUGCAGCUUGACUCAGCCGCUGUCCCCCAGUGAAAAAUGGUCCCUGCGCUGCCCUCGGGGGAGAGAUCGCACCAAGAAAGAAGCCACCUGCUUCUUGCUCACGCCCGAAGAACCCAGCGUCCACUAUGAGACUUGCAAAGACAAGAUGGCGUCCACCGCAAACUACUCUAAGCCGGACGUCACGUCACUGACUGGAUGCUAAUCAGCCAGGACAGGAAUGGGGGGGAAAAAAGCAUGAACUCAACUUUUUUUUCUCCAGUCCUGAAGGAUCUUAGACUCAAUUCUUCACCCUCCAGACAUGUUAAGGUGAAUAUGAGUUGAAUUUUUUGCCCAUGUAUCCAGUAUAUCACAUGUUUAAAAGCAUGUAGUGCAUGAUCUAGUGUUAUAUGAGCUGGUCAUUACUUUAGUAAUGUAGCAACAUUUGCAUUUAUUAUGAUGUGUUACCUUUAUGUUUGCCUACCUCUGCUUUGCAGUCUUUUUUUUUUUAACUAUGCAACUAUUUCCCCUUUGGAUUAAUUGUUAAUUGACCUUUAACUAUGACAACAACAAGCUCAAAUCAAAACAAUAAAUCACAUCCAAUACUGUCCUGAACUCAAGGUAGUGCCGCCACUGAGGGCUGUGCUAUGAUGAUUGGCCAGUAACUUCAAACCUUUGCGCUAUUGUACAUAGUAACGGUAACUGUGAACUAAUUUUAGAUGAUUUUUUGUUUUUUUCUUUGGGGUUAAGUUUAGAGAAUACUGCCUUCAUCAAGUGCAACACAGCAGUUGUCAAGUCAUCCAUCGCCUUUCUACACUUUCGAUUGAUCUCCCGCCCAAAAAAAAAAAAAAAAAUCAAUGUGGGGCAACAUUGUUUGCCUUUGUCAUCUGCUGUAGCAACGCUGGUUGAGUCAGGACCAAAUGUGCGCUCAUGCAGGAGAGAGAAAUAACACCAAGGCUGGAUUCACUCUGCAUGCUUCAAGUUCCAGGGACAAUUCCAAUAUUUUCUUGUCAAGUGGCCCCAUUGGCUCGUGGAUCAUGGCAGCAUAAAGAGAGAGAAAAAAAAAAUUGGCCUCUUUCAAACGUGGAUAAAAAAUAGAUAACUCACACAAACACAUUCAAAUACGGUACACAUAAACAAUUUAAUGUAGUCUAGCGGUAUAGAAAUAUAAACAUAAAAAGUCUUCAUAUCACAAGAUGAGACCAAGAUGAAUCAUUUUGAAUUUUUUUCCACCAUAAAUGUGACUGAUAACCUGUACAAUUCUGCAGUUUUUCAACUACUGCAAAUCCCGAGGGAAAAUGUGUCACGGUCUGACCAAACCAACUUUUUGGCCAUAACUCCAAAGGCUAUGUUUGGCACAAACAGAGCACGGCUCAUCACCGAAAGAACACCAUACCAAUAGUGAAACUCAGUAGUGGCUGUAUCAUGCCCCAGGCUGUUUUUUUUCGGGAUCUGCGGCCUUAGUCAAUGUGGAGGGAGUAUAAACAGUUCAAAAUAGCAGUUGGUAUUGGCACAAAACCUUGCAGCUUCUGAUAGAAAUCACGCAAAAAAUGUCAGGAAAAGAACAUCUUAAAUUUAUUUGGGGUUCAUCGCAAGCAUUAUAAAUAGCGUCAGCUGUGCGCUGAUUCCCUUUUAACAUGAGUGUGAAUGUGACAAUAUCACAUUGAAUAUAAGAAGGUGCAAGGCUCACUUUUUCAUAACACUAAACCGGGCAUUUGAACUGGGCUAUAUUCUCUGUAUGAUUUGAAUAUGUUGCAUUCAAGCUGUAUAUGCAGUACAUUAAAUAUGAUGAAAAUAGGUGACUGAGGAGUAUAAAGCAUUAAAUAUGAUCCGGGUUGAUGAAAGAAAAUUUACUGUAGUGCUCUAACGCUAUGUAGUGGUUAUUGCUGUUGCCUUUCAUGAAAUUACCAGCCACAAGCUUGGAUUAAAAUCAAUAUCAACAACACAAAUAAGAAAAUGGGUGCCUGAUGUAAGUCAGGGCGGUUGGUGGAAAAAGCAAGAAGAAUACAAGGAAAAAAAAAACAACCAAACAAGCCAACAACAACAACUGCAGUGUAGAUUUAAAUCAUUUAUAUCAACAGUGCUAAAGUCAGAUAAUGUUGUCUUUGCCUAGUUUCAUAUUAAGAUUAUUAAGGUGGAAUUUGUGUUGUGUUAUUCAUUCAGUUCCUGCAAAUGUAGGCCACAUUGGACACUGGAAAUGUACAUGCAA